UGGUGAAAAAUCUGCACACCGAGCUGGAGAUUGUCCACGUUGACAACAUUCAGACCCAGCUGCCCUGCUCCACAUCCGCAGCCCUCUGCAUGCACGCACACAACCCGCAGGACUUUUUUUUUCUUGCGUUAAUGUAAUUGUUUAGAAUCGCUCUUAAGUUAUUUGAUUGUGUGAUUUUUUUUUUAAAGAAAAAUGUUUGCCCUCUGCAUAGUCUUUUCCUUCCUCACUGUGCGGUCUUAUGUGGAGUGUAACCCCAGCCCAGUCUUGGGAGAUGUAGUCGUGGACAGACACUUCAUCCCCCAAGGCUGUUCCAGAGAAGUAAAAAACGGAGAUUAUGUUCGCUACCAUUAUAACGCCACGUUUGUCGAUGGAAAAAUAUUUGAUUCCAGCCACCAGAGAGGAGACGCCAAAAUCGGCCUGAUCGGGGAGGGUCGGCUCAUUGCAGGGGUUGAUAAAGGCCUGCAGGGGAUGUGUGUGAAUGAGCGCAGGACCAUCACAGUGCCACCUCACCUGGCAUAUGGAAGCACGGGUGCAGGUGAUGUGAUUCCUCCAGACGCCACACUGGUGUUUGACAUCCAUCUCUUGGAUCUGUGGAACAAGGCUGACCUGGUUGUCACCAAAACCAUCAGCACUCCCAAAGACUGCAAGCGCUCUGUGAUGCGCACCGACUUCGUUCGUUACCAUUUCAAUGGCACCCUGCUUGAUGGCACCAUGUUUGAUUCCAGCUACACCAGGAAGCAGACCCAUGACUCCCUAGUGGGAGAGGGUUGGCUGAUCAAGGGCAUGGACGAAGGCCUGCUGGGCAUGUGUGUGGGUGAGAUCAGAAACAUCAUCAUCCCACCAUUCAAAGCUUAUGGAGAAAAUGGCUCAGGUAAAGAGAUUCCUCCUCAGGCGACUCUGGUGUUUGACGUCUUGCUGGUGGACAUUCACAACCCGAAGGAUAACAUCACCACAGAGAAGCAGGGGGUGCCAGAGUCGUGCGCUCGCAUGUCUGUAGUAGGAGAUUACAUUCGCUACCAUUACAACGGAACUUUCCUGAAUGGAGUCACCUUCGACACCAGCUACCAGAGGAACAGCACAUACAACACCUACAUUGGGAUGGGGUAUGUGAUUGCGGGUAUGGACCAGGGCCUGCUGGGAGUCUGUAUGGGGGAGAGGAGGAGGAUUGUCAUUCCUCCACAUCUGGCUUAUGGAGAGAAAGGAGCAGGUAACGUGAUCCCUCCAUCAGCUGUUCUUGUCUUUGACAUUCAUGUCAUUGACUUCCACAACCCCAACGACAAGGUGCAAAUCCAGACCAUCUCCAAACCGGAGGUGUGCAAUGACACCACUGAAGUCAACGACCUCGUCCACUAUCACUACAACUGCACCCUGGUGGACGGCACUCUCCUCUUUUCCUCACAUGACUAUGACAACCUUCAGGAUGCGGUUCUGGGAGCGGACAGGGUGAUCGACGGGCUAGACGAGGGCUUGCGGGGCAUGUGUAUGGGAGAGAAGAGGCAGAUUACAGUGCCACCUCACUUUGGACACGGAGAAAAAGGAGCUUCGGGCGUGCCGAGCAGUGCUGUGCUGAUCUUUGACAUUGAAAUGGUGAGCUUUGAGAAGGGGGUGCCCCCUGGUUACCUGUUUGUGUGGCUUGAAGACCCUCCUAAAGACCUGUUUAACUCCCUGGACAUGAACAAGAACGGAGAGGUGCCGAAAGAGGAGUUUCAGGAGUUCAUCAAGAUGCAGGUGGCUGAGGGCAAAGGCCGCAUAAAGCCUGGACUGACCAUGGAGGAGGUUGUCGCUGACAUGUUUCAAAACCAGGACCGCAAUAAAGACGGACUGAUCAAGGCUGAUGAGCUCAAACUAAAGGUGGAUGAGGACAAGGAGCGGGAACAGGCGAAGCACGAGGAGUUGUGACGUGAACAAAAUGCUUUGGUUCUGUCUCAGGGAUAAACCCACAAAACAUAAAAAAAAAAAAAACAAAACACAAGCAGCAAGAGACCCUUUCA